CAUUGUGUUCCAUUUUAGUUUUCGUAUGUCACAACCAUGGGUUUGGUUUCCAAACCAAAUGCUGUAUGGGCUUUUUCUUUGCCUGUCGAAAUGAUAAACUAAUGACAAAUGUCACAUUGUUGACAAGAUUAUUUCAUUUUGAAUUUAAAUUUCUGGAGUCGGUUAAAGACAUAGAGAACUUUUAAUAGCUAGCAAAUUAUAUGUACCUAUAUAAUUAAAUUAAUAAUAAUACCUAUAUAGUGUUGUUUGUUAUAACCACUGACGAUUUACACGUGACAUUCUCAUAAUGGAAAUAAUUUUAUAGAUUCACUAAAACAAUAGAUUGUUGUUGUCCAUACAACAAAGCUUGAUAAUCAUUGUAUUUAAAAUAAGAAUAAUGAAGCAAACGAAAAUUACAAAGCUGUUUCAAACAAAACUUGUAGCAAGGCGUAGUUCAGAUGAUUGUGAUGAACUUCAAGAUGAGAUCGAAAAACUUAGGGAGAACCUUAAAGAAAAACAAAACGAACUGUUUCAGCUACAAAGAAAUAGUUAUAAGCAUAAGUCUUCCCCAGUAAAGAAGAAAUCUGAACAAUUUGUACGUCCACAGAAAAUAGUAUUAACAAACUCUAUAGACAGCCUAAAGAGGAAUUUAGAACUGAUGUCAAUUUUAACUGGAAUGGAGGUUCAGUCAUAUGUUGUAGGCGAACACUGCUGUGUGGUGUAUCACAUGCAACAUGAUUCCGAUAAUGUGGUUAAACAUGGACUCAGGAUUGAAAUGCAAGCAGGAGCAAACGUAGUUUCCAAGUCGUCUUUGCCUCUGGGUUUCAAUAUUAAUGCAGUGAUGGAAGAAUAUGAUAAUAUCAUGAUGCCAGAAUGUCUUGGUGCUAUACGUAAGGCUCUGGUUGCUUAUUAUGAUAGAUUACAACAGUUUGAAGCACUAAAAAAAAUGCUGAACGUAGAAGCUCAACUCUUUAAACUUCUGGACGCUUCCCACAUUGAGAUAUCCUUCUCUGCUCAAAGCGCCGUGGAAGAAGAUGAACACUUGAAUCUGGUACUCGUGUUAGACUAUCGAGUUUAUGAUAUAAGACCCAAACAGUAUUCUUUUAAGGAUUUAGACAUCCCUGCAGGAGCGGUAGCGGCUUUAAAAGAACAAUGUACGGUAUUUAAAAGAAAACCAUUACAGAGGGCAUUCAGAGAUGCGUUUAUAGAUGGUGUCGGGCCCUACCAGAUGAUUCACCAGAUUGGCUUCAAGCCUGUGGAACGUAAAUCUCACAGGCGCAAGCGUUUCAAAGCCCAUCCAUACAACCAUAAUAAUGAUGACACCUUCCGACCCGAGGACUGUUCCGACCAGAGCGAAGAGGGACCAGAGCCCUGAUGCUGAUAGAACGUUUACUCCUCCAAUGCAUUGCAGCUGCAAAACGUUGACUAUAGAAAUAGUUCCCUUUGAGAAGUUUGUGAAUAAGACACCAGUCGGACUUACAACACACUUUAGUUAGAUUGAUACCAUUGGAACUGUUGUGUAAGUUUGUUAACACAAUUUUAUGAACUUGGUCAAUUUUAUGGAAUAUUUCAACGUAAUUUUCUUUAACUUAAAGAAGGCAUGAAGGAUAAGAUUCAUUGUUGUUCAUCCAAUACUAAUUAAAACUAGAAUAAUAGUGUUAAGAGUUUAUUUAUUUUGGUGCAAAUAAAUAUUAAUCUUAUAAA